GAAAAGUGUAUGGCCAUGAGAAUACAGUUCACAAAAGUAUAUGAAAUUGAAGAAAUACAAAUGUCUUCAAUAUUUCUAAAUAUCGUAUAAAGCUUUCCACUUUUAUGCAUACAAACACAUAUUUUUUCUAAGAAUUUUUACCAGAAACUGGAAACGAAAUGACAACGCAAGAUGAAAUGGGUGUAUUCUCCAACAGUUGGAUUCAAAUUGGUGCACUAAUGCCGAAGCCAAGCCAAACAGCGCCCAAAGCGCGUUUGCCGCCGAAGUCAAAACGUAACCACAAACAACGUGCGAUAGCAACCAGAACAAUGGUCAGAACAGCUAUUAAAACACUCAUGCGCAAUCCACGUGCUGGCGUCUCGUUUAUGGCAAUUAGAAAAUUUAUCGAAGAAAACUAUUAUAAGGAUUCAGAUCCGCCUGUCCACCGGCGUUUGAACUUCGUCAAACGUUACAUUAGGAAAUCACUUGAGAAAGGUGAGCUCAUACGUACGAAAGGCAAUGGCGUAUGCGGUUCAUUUCGUUUACCGCGCACGAAGCGCAGACAUAAGAAGAAGUCGUCGAACAAAAAGAAAGUAAAAAUCACGAAACGAAAACGUAAAGUCAAUAGCGUCAAAGUCAUACGAAAAAAAGUUAGAAAACAAUUGAAGGAGAUGGAAUUAAAUGGUGUGUUAUAUGAUGAGCAAUUGAGCGCCGAGAAGGUGGCUGUUGAGGCAAAUGUAGAUCCGAAGAAGGCAAUGCCCAAAGUUGUGAGUAAAUAGAAUAUCACUUGAAUGGUAAUCCAUCGCUGUUGUAGCUGAAGCUGCAAGAAAGAUUUUAUUGUGCGACGAUUUAAAAAUAUAUAUUUUUUAUAAAAAAAAAAUCACUUUAUUUUAUUGAAUUUACGAUUAUAUUUUGCUAAUAUAUAAUAAAUAUUUUCAACUAUUUCUGAUAAAUGGAAAACGUAUUAAAUAA